AUGAGCCGACCUACUGAAACCGAAGACUUGACUAGCGUAGAAUGGCGCGACACGGCUUGGAUCGAGCGUGUGGGUGGAUUCCAAAACCAACAAAUGGUGCUCGACUACUUUGCACAAUCGCCUUUUUGGGACCGUCAAUGCAAUAACCAGAUCCUUGCAAUGCAAACGCAAUACAAUGACUUGAGACAGCCAUAUGAAGCAACCGUUGAAGCGUUAAGGAAAAUGACAGGCAUCGAGUUUGCAGUGGUGCACGAGCAACCUCCUGUAUGGGUGAUUCAGAAGCAGUAUCGACGAGGACCUGAACCAAACGAUGUCAAUCCCAUCGCCACCUACUACAUUAUGGGCGCCAACGUGUAUCAAUCUCCUACCAUCUAUUCCGUGAUUGCCAAUCGCUUGUUGACAAGCUUGUUCCAUGUCAACAGUGCUUUCAAGGAGACACAACGAUGGAUGGAUUUUGAUCCUUCGAAGGGGUAUAGUUGGCAAGCACCAAAGUCAUCAUCAGCAUCAUCCGAUAAGAAGACAUCAGGCCAAUCUGGGACAUUACGUGCACGCGAAAGCCAAGAAUUCAGACAUUGGAUUGAUCGUACUAUUGAAGCAUCGGCCUUAAGGAUAGCACAGAACCGCUUUGUACCGGAGCAACAGGCGGCUAUGAAAGGAAGAACAGAGGCUACUAUACCUUCAGUUGCACCGAGUAUGACACAGAGUCGUGAUGAAGAUGCUACCGGUAAACGACAACGAAAAAAGACCGACGAUGGUAGUGCCCUUGCCAAACGCAAAAAGAAGACCACAACGAAAUGA